UAACAAGCUCAUCUCUGUAAAUCUAUCAGGUAGGGUUGCCAUCCAUCGAUAACAGGGGAGCCAGUAGUGUUGGUCACUGAAAUGGCAAUUCUGUUAAGAACUCGUUUCCAGAAACUUCCCCAGGGCACUUUUUUUCUGAGCCAAAAGGACAAGUCAUUACGACUGAGGACUACGACCAGUGUAUCGCUCUAUAAUCGGCAAAUUGUAUUUAUUCGUUACUUAAAUAACCAAGACUGCGCCAAGUCAUAAUGAAGCACAUAAUGGAAACGAAUCUACCGGCAUCCAUUUGGAUGAAAAAGAGAUUCGAAUCGACUUUGAUGCGUUCUUCCGCGCCAAGUUUUAACAUGUCCAAUGGGAUGAAAAAGAAGACUGUGUCCUUUUCACGACUCAUACGCGACGAUCGUGCUGCAGGGGGCCGCCCGACCAAUUGGGUAAAAAAGAAAACUGUGUCGGCGCGGCCACUCGGCCGCGCCCAUCUUUCCACAGAGGACCUGGCCCAUCAAUUGGCCAGCAUGUCCUUGAAUAAUCUGCCGUCGAUGCAACCGCGUCGUCGUAAUUCUAUCACCAACGAAUUUCCAGAUGAUCCACCUAAGCCAGCUUUCAACUGCCGCUCCUCGCUCGUCCGACGCAACUCAAUAAACCUCCCAAUUGAGGCCAAUUUUGCCAUGUCCGUGCUGAAGGGGAAUGAUGAUGAUGAUGAUGAGGAGGAGGAGAAGGAGAAGGAGGAGGAGGAGGAGGAGGAGGAGGAGGAGGAGGAGGAGGAGGAGGAUGAAGUACAGGAUCUAAAUGAGCCAGCUACAUCGACCUCGCAAGACGCAAUCCCGAAGCCGCCCAAGAAUUUCGGCUUUACCUUCUAG